AAUCUUUUCUCUCGUCGCCGUACUCGUUCGGAACCACCCUGUGCGAUAUAAAUGGGCGCCGUUUUGACAAUCCGUUUCGUUGGAAAUUUGUUUACCAACAAUCCUUCUCUAGUUUUCGCCCGCAGUAUGGCGAUCGCAUCGCAGGGGUUGCUAAACGUUUGCCGUUUUUGUUUGUCCCACGAAGACGAACGAAUCAUUCUGCUCGAUGAGAUCCUGGACGCGUCGCUCUCAAUCGAAAAUGUGCAACAGUUAACAGGAAUUGAAAUAUGUUCGGAUCAAACAACGACGCAGGCGGUAUGCUUGGAGUGCACGAGCAAGCUUAAAAAGGCUUCGGCAUUCCGGAAUAACUGCAUCAGCAACGACUACCUGUUCCGGCAGCUCUGCUCAAGGUCGCGUUUCACCGACGUGCAAGGUGCUACUGAUGAUGUCCAAAACGAUGAUCCAGUCCUGGAGGAUCCAUUAGAUUUUGAGAUCACUGAUCAUAUAAACGAUGGUUUCACGCCUUCCGACGACGAAACGGACUUCGAACAGGAUGAUGAUGAUGAGCCAAAUCGAACGCGAACGAAACGGAAUACAAGCUCCACAAACGAUGAUACAAUGGAGUACAGGGAAGCGGUCAUCGCUUCCGUUGAUUAUGAUGACGGCACAGCUAUCUCGGAAACCAGUCCGCCUAAACGCCAUGAAGACGAAGCAACGAUGCAGCAGUCGACGGAACAAGACGAUCCGCUCUACUCUGCCAACUACAUAGAGCUGGGUGAACCGCCCGCUGAUGGGGAGGAAGCCGUAGCUGCAUUAAGUAAGAAUGAUAAUCUUACCUGCUGGACUGGUUCACGCACCAGACGAGCCAAGCUCGUGUUAGUGCGGAACGGACAAGCUGGCAGUAAUACUCGCGCUGCCACCUCGACGAGCAUUCUAUUUCGCCGCACCAAGCGCAAGCGUCAGAAGCCACUCUGCGAAACGUGCGGGAAGGUGGUGACAAACAUUGCAACGCACCGUGCAACACACAGCAAGGAGAUGGGCCACGCCUGUCCGCACUGUUCGAUACGGAUGAGCAAUUCAUCGAAUCUGCUGCGCCACGUACAAGCCGUCCACCUGAAGGUGAACAUAAAGACGUGCGAAAUCUGUGACAUUGGGUUCACCCAUUACUCUACCUACCGGUCGCACAUGUACGCACAGCACGGGAUCGGUGAGCUGCACGAGUGCCGGGUGUGCUCGAGAACAUUCCCGGACGCCUGUGUGCUGCGAAAGCACGUGAAACGGUUUCAUGGCGUGCAGGAGCACGCCUGUCCCAUCUGUGGCAAACUAUUCAAGAUGCUCGACAUGCUCAAGCGUCACCAGCUAGUCCAUUCUAAAGAGCAGCCGUUUAUGUGCAGCCAGUGCCCGAAGCGAUUCAAAAGCGACACCUCCAGGAAAAAGCACGAGUUCACCCACAGCGGCAUCCUGUUCGGUUGCUCCCUGUGUGGCAAAACGUACCGGUACAAGUAUCUCGUCAAUGCGCACAUCAAAAAGGAGCACCCGUUCGAAGGUGGCGAAAACGACGCAGAAACGCCACCACACGGUGAGGGUACGGCGGAAGGGGAAUCGACCGUUAUCGAGUAUGUCGAAAACUGAAGGCGCCUGGUAAUAUUUAUUAGAAGUGAAAAGGUUGGAAGAAAAACGCGUGGUGUCGUGAAUUGAAAUACAGAAAUCAUUGUGCAAAUGCUGCCAAGUUCAUUUCUUUCA